ACGCGAUCCUGUAGGCACACACACCAAUCAGGUAGUGCAAAUCCAGCUUUAUUUUUUUUUAUUGAUUUAUUUUAUUGAUUUAUUUUAAGUUACCUACGGCUCCACGUUUAGGACACCCUAAACUGUUGUACCAUCCAUCAAAGCGAGGAACCUCCCAUGUUAAUGCACAAAGUGAAUCUGUUGCAAAUGGUAAUGAGUUGUUAUUAUUAAUUUUAUGUGUAACUGGUAAACAUGUCUACUCACCGACAAGAAGCAGCAAGCCAAACACUGCACUCACACUCCAAACGCGCUUACGCAAAUCCAUUGAUGCAGAGAAACUCCUGAGUUCAGUCUGCAGGCAAAGAGUUGUGAAGAACCCCUGAAAAGUGCAGGACCUCCUUCAUCUUCAAUGGUCACUUACUGACUGUUAUCACGUGUUUCCUUGUGCUUACAUUGAGUCUACUUCUCAUUCUGCCUGGAAUUCGAGGAAAGUCGCGCCUUUUCUGGAUGUUGAGAAUCAUUUUGAGCUUGUUUGUAGGUUCUGUAAUUGUGGCGCUCAACUUUACUGACAACUGGGCUGAGGCCCGGAUGACCACAAAUGCUACCUACAAGUCUUUCAGCAAUGCAGUGGUUCAUGCGGAGAUUGGCUUGCAUGUCGGACUGUACGGAAUUAAUGUUACACUAAAAGGGAAACCUGUCAUCCAGUUCAAUGAGACUAUCGACUACAACGAGAUGUUCACCUGGCGUGACACCAUCGAGGAGGAGUACAAGGAAGCAUUGGAGAAAGGUCUACCCAACCCCAUCCUGUACAUUGCAGAGAAAUUCACUCUGAGCAGCCCGUGUGGCCUCAUCUUUCAUUACAGACACUCCGGAAGAUAUGCGUCUGCUACUCUUUGGACUGCGUUUUGUUGCUGGAUGUUGGCCAAUAUCCUUUUCUCCAUGCCAGUCAUUUUGUAUGGCGGCUACAUGAUGUUGGCUACAGCCGCCUUCGUCUUCACAUCCUUGGCCACCUUCACCGCCAUCAUGCAUGCACCACAGUGUGUUUUCUCUAUCGGAGAAGCCACCUUUGAAACCCAGUACAGCCUUUCAUUCUGGCUGGCUCUAGCCACUGGUUUUCUGUGUGCAAUCAUCGGGGUUCUGGUGGUGAUACUGAACUUUAUGCUACCCGAGAAGAUAAACGAGGCUUUCAGCGUUUGUAUUGACAGUUAUGAAGAUGAUAUUUCUUAUGGGGAUACGUACUUGAAUUCAGCCUACCUUGAUGAAAUAAUGGUUUUACCACACACGUCGACAAAGGUCACUGAGGUCAGUGCAUCCACAUUUCAAAUUUGCUAAUUAGGUUGAAAUGAAUGGCUGCCGUGGUUAAUUUAACAAUGACGGGAGAUGAACGUUAAUACUUCAGCAGAAGAAAAUGUCAUUUGUGUUCAAAUAACUACAUUUGAAUUUGUACAAUUUCUGUACUGACAAGUGUGUGUACAGUAGAGCCCGCUUAUGUCCACAAUAUAAUCAAGUCCUGGGCCAUCGUGUGGUUCUUAUUGCUGUACAACACAAUGUCGACAUACACGGUCAACCACUAAAUGUUGAAAAUGUGUUGUAUUUCUCUUAAGAAAUAUAACAAACUUACCUCAGCAACUCUAUUAAGAGUAUGAAAUAAAAAUAUGCACAAAUAGAGGAAAAUUGUCGAAAAAAAACUGCUGCGGGUUAAAAAAAAAUCACAAGUAAAUGCCAACAAUGGCAACUUUGAGUUUUGGUUAUGAGUCACAGCUCCCUUGUGUAUGUAACUAAAACAUGCUGAUGCAGUAACUACUGUACGACCACAAUCACAAACAUACCGUAUUUAAAUGUUACUGUAACUCAAAUUACUGUGCAUCUUUUUUAUAUACAGUAGCUGUUGUAUUGUAUGCCAUUAUCUCUCAAUGUACUGUAUUAGCAGGUGUAGCUGCUAUGAAUAAUAAUAGUGUCAUUGACUUUGUAUCAUUUGUUUUGGAAAAUACAUGAGUCCAUCUCAACUAUUUUUCUGGUCUAUA